AUGGCUGCGACAUUGCCACUCGAGCUGCUUCAAUUGAUUGGAGACAGUCUGAAGAAAGAAGGAGUACCCCUAUCCCCCUGUACCACUGUUUGCCGCUGGUGGAAGGAGGCUUUUGAGCCUUUCAUUUAUUCUCGGGUUGUGGUUUGUAGUACGCAUGCCAAUGAGAAAGCACCGGUGUCCGGAAUACCUAUUGAUGUUUUUGAGGACAUCACUUCACACGCUGGAGCCGCUCGUCGCAUGAUGAUUCGGGCAAUUGAGUAUCGGGUAUGUGUUCCGUAUAAGCAUGAAAAUUGGUCUGGCUACAUGUAUAGCCACUAUGACCCAGCAAAACCAUUUGGACGAAUAAUGAACCAAGCCUUCCGAUCCGCAAUCUUUGAGAUCUUCCGUGUGCUCAGUGCGUGGCCCCGGUCCAGCUGUCUCUCUUUCGACGUGGGAAUAGUGGGUUUUAGGCUGGUGAAUGAAGUGAAUGAACCGUCAAGUUCGCACCAUUCAGCCUCCAUGCUACCAAACAUUUUUUACCUGGAUAAGAUCUUCUUUGCGGGCCUUUGCAACCCAUAUGACAGACUUGGGGACCACCAGAUUUACGCCGAGGCAAUCUACGACAUUGUAAAGCAUUGCCCGUACCUCACGGAGUUGCGUAUGAAUCUGGGUUAUCCGCAAAGGCCGGAGGAACUGGAGUAUUUGCGUGCCAGACGCUUAGCUGUGCCUCGUGGAUCUACCAUUUUACCCCGCAGUCUGAAGGUCUUCCACCUCAGAAACGAGACUGAAACACCAGGAAGAACUGUCAUGCCUCUUCUGAAGGUGUUGACUUCGGAGGCACAGAGUGUCGCUACAACUAGUAGGAAUUCUAGUGCAAGUCUCCGUGAUUUGAAGUUGGAAAAUACCGCGCUGAUGUUAGAUUUCCUUUGCCCCCUCAACAAAGAAGGGCAGCCUACUCUUCCCGUCGUGUACUGGCCACACUUGGAGACUAUAUCAUUACACAACGUCACUUGCUGGACUGAUGAAGGGAACUGGCUCACCCUUCCAACCGAAGAAGCUGAAGCUCGGAUCGCUACUGUACAGCAAUGGGAACAAGACCAUGAUCAUCCAGACGAUAGUCAUCCAUCGCAGCCUGUCACUGAACUCGAGCAUUUUCAUCGAUUGUUCAUCUCUAUGGGCCUAGCAGUCCAACAUAUGCCCCGCCUAUCAUCCAUUUACUUCCACCCUGGUGCGGAGACCGAGUUGACUUUCGAAUUCCGAGUCAUCACCGGCAGGUACGCAAUUGCCACCUGGUCCUCCAGACCAACUUAUCGACCGGAUCACAGAGUCGCCGAUGCAUGGGGUUUCAGCGAGGAGGAUCUGAGACAUGCAGAGCUCGGGGAGGUGGUAUAUUCCGUACGGUUUAUGGCCCACAUGGUGUAA